UGCGGUUAAGUUCUUGGACAGAUCAUCCAUCUGGUUUAUAUCACACUUGCCAUUUGGAAAUUAUUCCCAAACAUUUUCACAGUAGUUUUUUAUUGAAUUUACAGUAUAUUAUUAAUAAGUUGUUCAAUGUUUUAUAACUCAUUCUGAAGCCUCACCCACACUUUAUGAUUUUAUGAGUCGCUUUGUUUUCCAAUAUGAUGCAAAUGAUUUCAAAUUCCUCAUUGGUUUGAUUUUAUGAUUGGUGAGCCGUGGUCAAUCAUUCACAGAAACAUAUUCACAGGCUUGUUUACACUGGAUUUCUGAGCUAAAGGAAGUGGAGUUUUACACCGUCUCCAGUCCAACGCUGAGCGUCGAAACGAGAAGAUUCAUGGAUCAGUGGAACAUGUGCUGAUAUGGGAUGUGAGGUUUGUUUGCCAGGUUACUUGGAGACAUUGGUUAGUUAAACCCACAACACUCCUCCUCAGUCGCUGUGAACUCCAUUAAGAGCCAUUCGGCGGUUUCAGAGAAGACGAGGCUCUUCAGGAUGGAUGUUUGUCACAUUAAGGAGAGUGAAUCUGAAGUCUAAACCAUGGCUUAUCUCGUCCACACGGCGCAUGCGCAGUUCGUGGCUCUCUGGCUCGGGACGGUCGGCUGGAUUCUCAUCAUUGUGACCCUCGGGCUGGUGGAGUGGCGGGUUUGGGAAGUAUCUGACCUGUCAGUCAUCACUUCAGGUCUGGCAUGGGUGGGUAUUUGGAGAGUGUGUUUUUAUAGUCACGUUCUGAUCUUAUCCAACAACCAGAUCAUGUUCUGUCAGAGGAUUGGUUUGUUGGAGUCGUUCACGCCACCAGAAAUCGCCUCGGCUCAGGUGCUCCUGCUAGUGGCUCUGGUUCUUGGGCUCAUUGGAAACGCUAGCGUCGUUUACGGCCUCAGGAAUAUUUACUUCGGACUGAACACGUUUAAAGCCAUCAGACUGGCGUUUUACACCGGCGGGUUUCUGUUCAUCCUCACCGGAGCUGCUGCGCUCGUGCCCGUGUGCUGGAAUCUCCACUCAGUCAUAAACAAUCAGACUAUAAUAUUCCCAGCAGAGUUUCUCAUGCCUCCCGCUCCGGUAAAGCAAUACAUCGGACCCGGUAUCAUCGUGGGGAUAUUUGCAUCCACCCUGUUGGUCUGUAGCGGGGUGGUCUUUCUGUCCUACAGGGUCCCGGUCGUGCUGGAGCCCAGAGUGAGGCCCUCGUGGCCCGGAGAAGGGUCCUCGGGGACCCGUGUGAACCGCCAGGGAAUUGACAAUCUAGCUUUCCAAACGCAGAAGAACAGUUAGCUCA